GAGUUUAUAAUUCUCCAGCCGAUAUAGUCAGCUCAGCAGAGGACGCAGAUUGUUCUCCCACUUUCUAGAAGUGUUUUUAUUAAUACACACACAUAUAUAGGUACCGCAAACCAGAGGAUACAUGUGGGUUAAUUUGAGUCGUUUGUCUUGAAAUUUUUGGGCGAUACUUCACAAAACCGGAUAGAAUUUUAGUUUCGUAUAUGUAUUUUAGUAUGUUUUGUCACGUGCUUUGCGUUUGGAUUGUUUGAUUAUAAAGCUAGUUUGUUUUUAGAACGAAAAAUAACAAUAUCAUACAGCUUGUAGUUCAAGUAAUGAGAGAAUGUGAGUUUUUUAAACAAAAUCACAAUGACGGAAGAUUCUAAUAAUCUUCUUCCAUUAAAAUUGGAAACAGUGCCAGAUUCUCCAACGAAACCAGUUAAAUCAACUGCGGUAGUUAAGUAUUCUGCCGUGCCUAAUCCAGCAACCUUUGCACAGUUACAAUGCAAUACAGAUUUAAAUCUACCUCCCAGCAAUUGGCUGAGCACUUCAGCCGAAAGUUAUGGACUUCAAAAUAUCUGGUCCCGGAAUACUGGAUUUUCCAGUUUUCGUAUGGCUCACAUGUUUCCUGACUGUGUUGGUGAAGUGGACGUUGUUUCAGAUGCAGAAAAUAUAAAGAAACUUUUGAAAUUGCCCUAUAGUGGUGACUCAAUAUCUAUGAUAGUACAUCGAAUAGAAAACACUUUGCUACUUGAUGAUUUUGACGUACACAAAUAUCUACUCAGGCAAGCAGAGUGUGAUUGGCAAUGGCUAAGAAAGUUCUUUUAUGAUCAGAUUUUUCAAAAUUUGGGUGACAAAGAAAAGAGACUCUUUCCAAAGGCAAAUAGUAGAAAUGCAAUUCAACAAAAGAAUUUAAUGUCCAAGUUUUUCUAUCAUUCAUUGGUAUUAGAAGAUGAUAAGGAACACAAUGAUGCAAAGCCAACUUUGCCCGUGGAAACACUUCAGUCUACAUUACCCGAGCCUUCUCAAGAAGAAAAACUUCCAGAUCCAAAUUCAAGUCAUGAAUUUGCUAGAAAUGUUGUAUGGACUUUUGAAAAUAUACAAAUGUUAAUUGGUACUGACAUGCCGAUAUUCGGUGGUGAAACUCACCCAUGCAUAAGUUUGAGAUUACGUGAUGCUACAAAACCAAUUAAUGUAUUAACUGGCAUAGAUUACUGGUUGGACAAUUUAAUGUGCAAUGUGCCUGAAGUGGUGAUGUGUUAUCACUUAGAUGGUAUAGUGCAAAAAUAUGAAUUGAUAAAAACUGAAGAUCUCCCAAAUAUAGAUGAUGCCAAGUUUAGCCCUAAAGUUAUAAGAGAUAUUGCUCAAAACAUUUUAAGUUUUUUAAAGAAUAAUGCUACUAAGGCUGGCCAUACUUACUGGUUAUUCAAAGGUAAAAAUGAUGAUGUUGUCAAAUUGUACGAUUUAACUUCUCUGUGUGAUAUGUCAGAAGACAAGUCUCAAAAUCCCUUUACUGUACCUGUUGCCAUGCUUCUCUAUCGAGUUGCCAGAAAUAUGAAAUAUUCAUCAGAUUAUAAAAAAAAUCAAGGCACUAUUCGGAUGCUCCUCAAAAAUUGCAUUCAACUACUACCUAAGGAAAAGUAUCCUCAAAUUGUCACAUCUGCUCAUUAUAUGUUAGCUGAUUUAUACAUACCUGCUGAUACUGAUCCUGCAAAUCCCAAUUUAGUGGAUCAGGGUGAUGAGGAUGAUGCACAUAGUGAAUGUGGUAGCAAUGCAGAAAGCGAAAAGAGUGAUGAGAAAUUUGAGCAAGAUAUGAGUGCUGCUAUUAAGAGCUUGACCUUAACUAAAAUCAAAGAACAUCAUCUGAAAGAUCAAGAUUUUGAAGAAUUUAAAUUUAAGCCACCACCAAUUUCUGGAACUGUGGAAGAAAGAUGUCAAAUAGCUCUGGAACACGUAUCAAAUGGUCUUGAUUGUUUGAAGUACUUCCCUACGAAAUCAGAAGAUCAGAAAUCUCAAACAGAGGAGCAAGACAAAGGAAAUACAGAGAAGGAAAAACCAUUGGACGAAGAAAAAGUCAAUAUGGCCAAACCCUUCCAAGCCAUUCCAAUGCCUUAUGCGCCUCUUAAAACAAAAACUGAUUCGCCGUUGCCUGAAUCGCUAACUGCUGAUUCCAGUGCAAAUAGCAGUCCCAGUAACAAAAAAGGCAAAAAGCCAAAAAAGAAAAAAAAAUCGGAGAAACUACCUGUCAAGAAUCCACCGAGUAAUAAAACAGUGGUCGAAGAUACGACGGCGAAGGCGUUGCUGUGCAAGACCCAGUCGCAGACGCUGCCAACGUGGCAGGCGCCAAAAAAGGAUGACAAUCAAAGCUGGAGUUCCCACUUAAAGAUUCUUCUCUAUGAGAAGGCUUCGCUUGUCUUUGUCGUACUAGCUGAGAGGGAGUACUCAAACAAAAACUAUGGCUCCUCGCUGAGAUAUAUCCUCGCAGUGUUACGCUGUCAGAAGAUUCUCGAGGUCUUUUGCAAAGUGAGGAACGGUAAAUUUAUUGGCUGUCUACUGGGCAGAGCUGGCGAUUGUUGCUUUAUGACUGUACAGAAUUGGGCUGACGUGGAGAAGCACAGGAACGAUUACGAGACUAAGACCAUAACGGAGAACGCGAUCACGGAUUCUAUCUUUGCUAUGGAGGGUUCGGAUAUGAAUGAAGCGGAGGUAUUGCUGGAACGUUUUGAUAGCUUAGAAGCUACUCUCAUAGCUUCCUGUAAAUGUUACGAGAAAGCAUUGUAUUUAGAACCAUCAAAAGUUGAUAAAAACAAUCUGCUUCGUCGAUUAGGCAAUAUUCAUAAUGAACUUGGAGUCUUGUACAUGAACCAAGCUGGAUCGCGCUUCCAGAAUGAUGAGACUGUAGAUCCGAAUUGCUUGAGCAUAAAGAUACCUUUGCUUCGCUCGGAACAGCACCUAGAGGCAGGUGCCAAGGCUUUCGAAUUGGUGGGCGAUAAGGCGAACUUGGCCUUACUUUAUUCGAAUACCGGUAGGCUAAUGCGACUUAACGCCUAUGUCCAUAGGAUCCAGACUAAAAAGGAAAAAGAUUAUUAUAUCAAAGCUGUGUCUAACUACCAGAAGGCUCUGGAGGAUCUUGAAAUGCGUGAAAGCAAUCCUGCAAUCUGGGAUACUGUUGUUUGGGAAUUGUCUUCAACGUAUUUUAAUAUGGCUUCGUUACUUCAGGAUUACCCACCUGUUGACACAACGAAUGAGGAGGAACUCCAGCGCGAAGUGUGCGAGAUCUUCCAAAAAGCCCUUAAGUACUGUGAUAUUGAGACUCCAGGUCCUCGUCAGCCAGUCUAUCAGUUCCGUGCUGCGGCGAUUCAGCAUCGAUUGGCUUCGCUCUAUCAUAGAAUUUACUGGAAACUCAAUAACGAGGCCGACAGUUCUAAGCGCAAAAAUACUUUACAGUUGACCAAGCGCUACUACGAGAAAUCGGCCAAACUUUUUCUUGCUUUGGAGCAGACGACUGAGUUUCUUAGGGUUCAGAUGGAACGAGUGGGACUUGCUGAAGGUCAAGCUGAAGCUUCUAAUGCUUUUCAUGUAAAAUUAAAAGCAUACAAGAAUGCGCUGGAAUUGAUACUGCAAAGUAGACCUAUCAUUAAAAUCAUAAUAGAACGAAACAAAAGCAUUGUUAACAAUAAAGAAAAUAUUCCUAAGCAAGAGAAGGUGGAUAAACAAAAUCAGGUCGACAGUAGUAAAGAAAACGAAGAAAUAAAUUCCGAUGAAAAAAAGCAAAUAAAUGAAGAACAAAAACUUGUUGUUUUGCUGGAGCAACGGUUACAGCUAAUUUUGCUAACAUUGACCAAGUUAUACGUCAACAAGAGUUCAGCGAAUCAGAAAAAAGAGGGUGAUAGGAAUGUUGCUUUUUACAAAAAAUGCUAUUGUCUCACAUUGAGAGCAAAGACACUAUCAGGCAUUGAACUGAUCAAACAUGUUGCAAACGUUUUGGAAAAACUUGAGAAAACUAUGCAAGAGUCAAAAGAUUCGUAGUUGAUAAAGAAGCCACUGUAUUAAAGUUUUCUAAUAUUAGAGUAAUUCUUUUAUGUAAGUAGUUAAAUAUUUUUAUAUACCUUGAAGCCAAAUUAGAAAAAACAUGAUUGUAAAAACUAUGGUAAAAUGCAUAGUGGAAAUUCUGUACUUUUUGUAAAUAUCAUGACUGACGCUUUUACUAUUUAUGAACUAUUUAUUAAGAAAAACCAUUUUGCUGAUUUCCGCAGUGUUUUGAAAAGAUAAAUAAAAGUUUAUUGCAUACUUAAAAUUUA